AUGUCCGCCAAUACAACACUCUUUGCGGAGCGAAAGAUCUCUACCAUGCCCCCACUGCCCGACUACACCCUCACCGAGCGCCCUUCAUUGAUCUCAGGAGUGCCAGACUACGUGGUGCAGCUGACUCUGCCGGUCAUUGCGUACUGGGUAGUGUCCUUGUUUUUCCAUGUUCUGGACGAGUGCGAUCUAUUCCCGCAAUAUAGGCUGCACACCCCCGCCGAAAUCCUCAAGCGUAACAAAGUAUCAAGAUACGAGGUGGUACGUGAUGUGGUUCUGCAACAAAUCAUUCAAACCGUCUUCGGCGUUGGUCUUGCAUACUUCGAUCCGCCGGAAAUGAUUGGACGGGAAGACUACGACGUUGCUGUCUGGGCAUCGAGGUUGCGGACUGUCCAAUCCUACGUUCCUGCCGUAUUGCAGACCCUCGGUAUCGACUCCUUUCAGCUUGCCUCCAACCUCAAUAAAUCUUUCCCAGUAGCUGCAAGUGUCGUUGCCGGUGGGAUCUACGACACAACCACUUUCUCAGUAUGGGAGCUUCAAGCAGCAAAGGCCAUAUACUGGGUCCUUGUCCCCCUGGUCCAGUUCACUGUCGCUGUCUGCAUUGUCGACACUUGGCAAUACUUCCUCCAUCGGGCAAUGCACAUGAACAAGUACCUCUACACGACCUUUCACAUUCGUCAUCAUCGACUAUAUGUGCCCUAUGCCUAUGGCGCUCUUUACAACCAUCCAGUCGAAGGUUUUAUGUUGGACACUCUGGGCACGGGUCUCGCAUAUCUGCUAACAGGCAUGACCGUGCAGCAGGGGAUGUGGCUCUUUACUUGCUCAACCAUCAAAACCGUUGACGAUCAUUGUGGUUAUGCUUUUCCAUGGGAUCCCCUCCAGCAUAUCACAUCGAACAAUGCUGCCUACCACGAUAUUCACCAUCAGAGCUGGGGCAUCAAGACCAACUUCUCCCAACCAUUCUUCAUCUUCUGGGACCGUUUCCUGAACACUGCUUGGACCGGUGGAGAUGUGUCAGCUCGUUACGAGCGUGACCGAAUUGCGGCUCAGAGAAAGCUCGAUGCCGACGCUUCAUCGAGCGCUGCAAACAUCACCAAUGCACCUGCGACAGAUGUUGCACACGCCCUGGAGCAGGCAGCAGCCAGUCGUCAGCAGGUUCUGGACGACCCCAAAGUUGAUGGCAAAGUCGUCAUUCAGCAGGAGAUUGAGGAAGAACGGGACGCGAAAGCGCAAGUCGCCAAGCGCAGCACGCGGCGAAUGACAAGCGGCUUCGAUCCCAAGACCAUCUCGGAUCGCGUUUCGAGUAGCCUCCACGGCCGCAGUGCGGUCCUGACGGUAUGA